AUGAAUGCUUUCUUAAACCGAUUUAAGAAAUUCACAUUGUUUCUAGGAUGUUCAUCCAAUUCAUUGAUGAUUAUUGAUAAAGCUAAGCUGUAUACUAAUAGCGUACAUGGACURAAUUCAUCAGGCGAUCGUGUGGCAGAAUUUUUGAUUGAUCCUGAAAUCAGAGUACUCAAUAAUCUACCAACUUUGCCGUACACUGAAUCUUUCAUGGUUGCAUCUUGUGAUAAUAAUGGACAAAAUUUAUAUGUUACCGACGCAUAUGGCACAAUAUCACAUGUUUUAGCUAGUGCUGUAGGAAGAAAAAGUGAUCUGGUAACAAAUUUUUUGAUUAAAAAUUAUUCAACUGCCAACAAAAGUAUUUUAGGAACCAUAGAGUUUGCUUUGAAGACAUUGUGCAUAAUCACUGAACCAGACGCUAAAUUUAUCGAUGUUUCAGUUACAGCAUUUAAUAGACCAUUCGAAAUGGUUGAUAAAAACAUAAUCAGUCAAUUUUUAUCAAAAAUUGAGUUGUCAAGAAUAGUUAAUGCUGCGGUAAAAAUUGAUGAUAUUAUAUAA